GUACUUCCCUAUUUGUGUAGACUGUGGUCGUGUGAUUUUCACAUUGUUGAACGACAAAGUGAUUGGAGCGCACAGGCUAAUGUCGUCGACUAGCUGCUGCUCGUCACUAGCUUACUGUUCCACGGAAAUGGUCUGCUCUCUGGCGAAUAAGCAGGAAAGCUCGCUGUUAUGUUUUUGUUUCGUUUACCCAUAAGAUCGAAUGUUUUUUUAGUGGUAUGUGAAAAGUUGUUCGCUUAAAAAUAACACAAAGAAGAAGCCAAGUUGAAGUUAUUCAACAGUGUCGACGGCUAAUGAGCGUUCAACUUCAGCUACUGAGCUAGCUUGAAUUGUAUGAUUCAUUAACCGACUACAGUAUGUACAUUACCACCAUUUAAGGAAGCAAUUGAAUUUUGACACAAGCAGUUACAGUUACCUUGUUAAAACGAGAGAAUACUGUUGGUAUUACGUAUGGAUGCUGUUAGACUUUGAGAAGAAAACAAAAAGGGAGCCAUGUCCUGUACUGGAGCAGUUUUUAUGUCAUAUCGCCAAGACUGGAGAAACCAUGGUCCAAUGGUCUCAGUUUAAGACCUACUUUCUUUUUAAAUUGGAAAAGGUAAUGGAUGAUUUCAGAGCCACAGCUCCUGAGCAAAGAGGCCCUGCCAAUCCCAAUGUGGAGUCCAUUCCAUUUGAAGAUAUGAAAGAGAGAAUCCUGAAGAUUGUUGAAGGAUAUAAUGGAAUUCCUUUCACUAUACAGCGCUUAUGUGAGUUACUUACAGAACCCAAGAGGUACUACACAGGGAUAGAUAAAUUUCUUCGAGGUGUGGAAAAGAACGUAAUGGUGGUGAGCUGUGUUCAUCCAACGUCAGAGAAAAAUGGAUGCAGCGCUGUCAAUAGAAUGAAUGGAGUAAUGCUACCGGGGAACUCCUCUUCCUUCACAGAGAGAAAAGUGAAUGGUCCGGGAACUCCACGGCCACUCAACCGACCAAAAUUAUCUCUAGCCAACUCCCUUGCAGCUAAUGGACUACCUGACAGCACUGAAAACAAAGACCUCAAAACAGACCAAGAAGGUGUUAAAGAUGUAUCCGGAAGUGAGGUUUCAGCCUCGGGAGAUAGCCUGGGGAGCGCGAUAAAGAACAAACACUCAGACACAGAAGAGGACAUGGAAUCUGAGCAGCAGGAGGUGAAGAGACUUAAGUUUGGCAAGGAUGAUGAUGAUGAGGAAGAUGAAGAGGAUGAAGAAGAAGAGGAAGACGAGCGGGAAGUAGAAACGCCAAAGCCUUUAAAUGCCACUUGCCUCUCAAAAGAAGCAGAAGCCAUUGUCCAAGAGGAAGAAGAGAGAGUCAGUUUCAAGGAUGAGGCCUCUUGCACUGCUACAGCUGUUGAAGACCAAGAGCCAACAAGCAGCACUCAGGCUGAAGCAUGUCCAGACUCGGGCCUUGAUGAUGAACAGGCCGAAAGGGAGGUGCUGUGCGGAUCGCAGCAUGACGCCAGUGACAUGGAUCAGACAGAGCACCCGUCACCUGCUUGUGUCACCAGAAGCCCAGAGACCGGUGCAGACAGUGAGGAGAGUCACAGUGACCCAGUCAGCAGCAGUAGUAGUAGUAGCAGCAGCAGCAGCAGCAAUAGUAGCAGUUGUAGCAUAGACGAGAGUGUAGAAGUGGCCAGAGAUGACAUUUCACCCACUCCAUCCAGUAGUACGAAUGAGCCACCUACAGAGGGCGCCAUGGAAAGUUCCAGUGUGGACAUGGGAACACCAGAUGAGCCCAUGGAACAGGACUAGACUGAAAGCCCCCACUCUGCGGUCAUGUGACACCACAAACCAGCUUGUCCUUGAAUCCAGCUUGACUGUCACUGGAAUGGGGAUAACGUCACCUCAUACACAAACACCUCGUCCACUUUUGGACGCCCCUCCAAAAUGGCUACCUGGCAUUGAUGUGAGCAAACAAUUAUUUAGUAUGAACAUUUUUUUCUUUCUUUUUUUACUGGAAUUUUGAUUUUUUUUUUUUUUUUUUUUUUUUUUUUUUUUUUUUUUUUUGCUAAAGAGUUGGUUUCAAGCAACCUUUCACAGCUGGAGUUUUUUGUGUGUGUCAGUUGGAGCUUUUUGGUGGGCUGUGAUGGUCAUUUUCUUUUAUUUUUUUAAUGCCACUCAUUCCAUUUAAGAAAGGAUUGGUAUGCUGUGUCUCCUUGAAGCCCAAUUGGGUACAAGCAACAGACUAUAGGAGUCAGCUGUGUUUUUCUUUCUGAAGCACACUUUGAAGGUGCUGGAGUUGUGCAUUGACCUGAGCCCCAAUCCCCUACCACCAUUUAUCCUGUUUGGCCACCAGGCUGCAGGAAAGGAACGUGUUUUUUUAAAUUCACUUAGCCCCUUUCACAAGGAUGGAGAUCUCCACGAUGUAUCCCAUGAUUGAAACCUAGUUUUUGCAUGAUACACUACCAAUCCCACGGGACUAUACGAUCACAUGCUACAAUGCAGAGGCGUUCUCUGAAAAAUAGCAUAUUGUGGAUGCAUAAAGUCACCAUUAUUUAUAUGAUAAUUUCAGUUCUCUUGGUUGUUUUUGGAGUUUGUUUUGUUGUCUGCCGGUUGUAGUUUCCAAAACCAGCGGUUAGUACAAAGAUGACGUCCGCUUUCUUUGUAUUGUGAUGUCACUUUCGUUUCACUGACUGACUUCAGAGCAGUCUCUGGUUGCAGUUCUCCACCUAUUUCUGCAGCUAUACUUUUUGAUAUUUAGGAUUUUAAAUUUCUGUAGAUUUUUGUAGAUUGUAAUACAGUAUGUGUUCACUGCCUUUGUGAAACCAUAUAUAAUUGUGUAAUUUCUGUGUAUAUUCUGAAUGCUUUUGCUUUCAAAUGGGGUAUUCAGAAACAGCAAUAAAUGUUAACAUUUU